UCUCUUCACCAUGUUUUGGCCUACCCUUCUCAGCCUUCUAGUGAUGUGGUGCCCAGGUGCCGACUCUCAGUUUGCCCUGUCUCAGCCACCCUCAGCAUCUGUGGCAGCAGGGAACACAGCCAGACUCUCCUGUGUCAUGGCCAGCGGGUACAGCGUCAGUGCCUACUACAUGGACUGGUACCAGCAGAAGCCUGGGGAUCCCCCAAGAUACCUCCUACGCUACUAUUCAGAUUCCAACCAGCAGCAAGGCUCCGGGGUCUCCUCUCGUUUCUCUGCUUCCAAAGACACCUCCAGCAACACCUUCUACUUAAGUAUCACGGGAGUCCAGGUGGAAGACGAGGCUGUUUAUUACUGUGAUACUUAUCACGGCAGUGGGAAUAGCUUUCAGUAG